CGUGUGCGAAGGUUACAAAACCUCACAUUUCCAGUGUUUAACUUAACUUUUCUGAGAAUCAGAACUGAGAGGAUGAAGUCGUGGUGAAGACUUAGACUAUAAGGAAGCUGAGUCGUCAUUUUUCCAUUCUUGUCACCCACGUUGUCGAGUCCCACGCACGAGCUCCAAAAUGUCUCGGCCGGAGGACCAAUUGCCUCCCGAUCUUUACUAUAAUGACACAGUCUCUCGUAAAUAUGACACAAAUAGCCGCAUAAAAUCCAUUCAAGCCUCGAUGACCCACCGGGCUCUCGACCUUCUCUCUCUUGAAGAACCUUCUCUAAUCCUAGAUAUCGGAGCCGGGAGCGGUCUCUCCGGUAGCAUACUUACCUCGGAGGGACAUCAGUGGAUUGGUCUGGAUAUCUCCGCCUCCAUGCUUGCGCUCGCACUCGAACGGGAAGUUGAGGGAGAUUUGUUCCUAGCCGACGCGGGACAGGGUCUCGCAUUUCGACCAGGCACGUUCGAUGCAGCGGUCAGUAUCAGUGCAGUACAGUGGCUUUGCAACGCAGAGUCCACUGUGGAGAGUGCUGAAGGCAGGUUGAAGAGGUUUUUCGAGAGCUUGUACGCGUGCUUGAGGAGGGGCGGGCGAGCCGUGUGCCAGUUUUAUCCGAAGGACGACAAGCAGAAGAAAAUGGUUUCACAAGCAGCGAUUCGAGCUGGAUUUGGCGCCGGUUUGUUGGAGGAUGGAACGGGCACGAAGCAGGUGAAGACGUAUUUGGUCUUGACUGUGGGACAUUCGGGUGACAUCACCAGCCUCGUCAAAGGGAUGGAUGUGAACGUAGAAGAUCACAGAAGAAGCGGGAAGAGGAAGGAAACGAAGCUCAGUAAGAGAGACGAAAUCCUGCGGACCAAGGCUAGGCUUGAGCGGAAAGGCAAGGUUGUGAAGAACACCAGCAAAUACACGGGAAGGAAGAGAAGAAUACAGUUCUAGCCGAUCGACAUUGUGGCCUCUCCGCAACAUUCGCAAAGCAUGGGACAGGGCGUUCACAAGAGUUUGCGUUUGAUAGAUACCACGCACGUUAAUUCACGAACGUAUUUUUAACUUUCCAACAGGUAAUUGAGGACGACAAUUGCCCUAUAAA